AUGUCACACGGAUCUAAUACCAGCCCAUCUCGUGUAACCCUGGUCUAUCAUAAUUCCCAAACGAGAUUACCGCACAAACAUGCUGACCAGCUUGACCAAGAAGCUUCUAGCUUAGCUUAUCAGCCUGCCAGCCCCUAUAUUGAAGAGCAAGACGGACAAGAACAAAAUCGCUCGCCUAGGAUGACGCGAGAGCAACCGUACCGCACCGCACCGCACCGCCGCAGACGGCGGCAUCGCAUCGUCAAGGUCAAGGGUAAGGGUCUAAGAGGGAGGGCUUGGGCAGAAAACUAG